CCAUGUGUUGUUUACAGAUUUGGCAAUCUAUCAGACAGUACUAAGGUAGCCAGUUGGAAUCCGUCAGAUUUCACUCUGUACAUGAUGCAGGGUGUCAUCAGAACUGGGGCAGUGCCUGACAUCAAAUGGAAGAUUGAAAUGACGCCAAUUGAUUUUGUACAAGAAAUGUUUGUGGAGUUGUUUUUGGAUCUGGAUAACUCAAUGGGGAAAAUCUACCAUUUUGUGAAUGAGGACCAGCUUCCAUGCGAGGAAUUGUGGAAACUAAUGGAGAGAAGGGGCUACAAUUUGAAAUCACUGCCUUACAACGACUGGGCCAAACAAGUGCAUGCCAACGAAGACUUGAAACCUCUGUCACAUCUACUUCAAUUCCUGGUCAAGAAUGAAAAUUAUUUCACCAAUUUGUCUUUAUUCAAAAAGGAGAGACUGAACUGUUUCAUUGAAAAGAGAAAGGUGACAUACCCGGUAGCCGAUGCUGAGCUCUAUAGCAAAUACCUUGACCAUAGCCAACAACAUGUCAUGUUUCUCGUGCGAUUUCCAACCAUAGAAAUUAUUCUAUUAACAAAUAAUAAUUGAUGUUUAUCAUUUUUACAGAAGCUAGUGCAGAGAUUGACACAGAUCUGAGCGGUAAGAUAGUUUUGGUGAGUGAAGCUUCCUCGGAUAUUGGAGCCGCCAUUGCUGAGAAGCUGGCUCUGUGCAAUGCAAAGGUCGCCAUGUUUGCUGCAAAUUUCGAGCAACUGGAAAAGUUGAAUGAAAAAUUGGAGCAGGCUGGAGCAAGCGAAGUUCUUGCUAUGAAAGUUGACGUCUCUAGCUCAAGUGAGGU